UUGAGAUUUGACGACGAUAAUGCCCAAGCAAAUAUUUUUUUGUAAUUGUAUUUCUAUUUUGUAAUAGCGUUGUAUUGAAUGAUAUCGGUUGCCGAAUACCUUCCACUUUAAUACUACAGGCCUGGGUAAUUAAUUUGGCAUACAGCAGUCGAAUUUAUCGUUCCUGCUUAUUGCCGAAAAUGUCUGAUAAUGACGAUGAUUAUAUGUGUGAAGAAGAAGAGGACUACGGUUUGGAGUAUUCAGAAGACAGCAAUUCAGAGCCAGAUGUGGACCUAGAGAACCAAUACUACAACAGCAAGGCUCUGAAGGAGGAUGAGCCGCAGGCGGCACUGCUCAGCUUCCAGAAGGUGCUGGAGCUCGAGGGGGGUGACAAGGGGGAGUGGGGCUUCAAGGCUCUCAAACAGAUGAUCAAAAUUAACUUUAAAUUGAGCAACUUCACAGAAAUGAUGGCAAGGUACAAGCAACUCUUAACUUACAUCAAAAGUGCAGUCACAAGGAAUCACUCUGAGAAAUCUAUCAACUCUAUUUUAGAUUAUAUAUCUACAUCCAGAAAUAUGGAGUUACUGCAAGAUUUCUAUGAAACAACACUAGAAGCAUUGAAAGAUGCUAAAAAUGAUAGGCUCUGGUUCAAAACUAACACUAAACUAGGAAAGUUAUACUACGACCGCGGCGAUUUCAACAAAUUAGCCAAAAUAUUGAAACAACUUCACCAAAGUUGCCAGACGGACGAAGGUGAGGAUGAUCUCAAGAAGGGCACGCAACUGCUAGAGAUAUACGCGCUGGAGAUACAGAUGUACACGGCGCAGAAGAACAACAAGAAACUGAAGGCGCUGUACGAGCAGUCGCUGCACAUCAAGUCCGCCAUACCGCACCCGCUCAUCAUGGGCGUCAUCAGAGAGUGCGGCGGCAAGAUGCACCUGCGCGAGGGAGAGUUCGAGAAGGCGCACACGGACUUCUUCGAGGCGUUCAAGAACUACGACGAGUCCGGCAGCCCGCGCCGCACCACCUGCCUCAAGUAUCUAGUGCUGGCCAACAUGUUAAUGAAAUCAGGCAUCAACCCGUUCGACUCCCAAGAGGCGAAACCAUACAAGAACGACCCCGAAAUCCUGGCGAUGACCAACCUGGUGAUGGCCUACCAGAACAACGACAUCAACGACUUCGAGUCCAUCCUCAAGCACAACAGCUACAACAUCAUGGACGACCCGUUCAUCCGCGAGCACAUCGAGGACCUGCUGCGGAACAUCCGCACGCAGGUGCUCAUCAAGCUCAUCGGGCCCUACACGCGCAUCCACAUCCCCUUCAUCUCCAAGGAGCUCAACAUCGACGAGAAGGAGGUCGAGAAUCUACUCGUCACAUGUAUUUUGGAUAACACGAUCAGCGGGCGCAUCGACCAGGUGAACUCGGUGCUGGAGCUAUCAUCGGGCGCGCGCGGCGCGGCGCGGUACCAGGCGCUCGACAAGUGGACCGCGCAGCUGGGGGCGCUGCACCUCGCGCUCGCCAACAAGAUGGCGUAGACACUGAGCGGCAUACCCACCUCGCAACACCAUACAACACCGUCGUACCCUCUACCACAUGAUGGCGUUGACAGCGAUGCCUCAUUUGUGUGUUUCGUGCCGUUCCAUAAAAUGACAUGCCACAUUAAAGCGUUGCGUCAUCGCAAUGGGGUUUCAACAGUGUUUCAUUCGUUACGAUCCAUUGUUGUCGUCCUCAUACACUGCGACGACGUGCGUCAUCGAAACGCAGGUGUAAGUGUGAACAUACAAUCAGUUGAUCCGUUGGGAAGACGCAACGCACUAAUGAGGCAUCUCUCUUAGUACUGUUGUACUGAGUUCACAUUAAAAUGAGGUUGGCAAUCCUGUAAAUGGCGCUUGCAAUGGCGAUAUCAGAAAAAGCGAUAUUGGAAACAAUAUACAGUCGCGCUAUAGUUUGGCAAGUUGAUGACACGACUAUGAUAUGCGGGCGAUGUGGGGGAAGGACUGCGCGGGUGUGACGUCGUGCGCGCGGGGCAUCGCUACCCCGGCCCGCGCCGAUCGACGGGAGUGCUAUGAACGAAUUUUCCAAGAUAUAUCUGUGUUUAUUUAUUGGUCAAACAUCGAAUAUGAUUUCAAGUUAAACUGAUAACAAGAUGGCGUAUCAGAAUUAGGCUGGAUGUUAAAUAAAUGGUACUAGAAAAGGUUGUGCCCAAAUCAUUGCGACUAUCGCGUGCUGUUUUUUCGAUAGGUUGUAUAAUAUUUUUUGAAUAGCGAAGAUUGGGGAAUCUCUAGCACCAUCUGAUCGUCAUACACGUAACGGUUUAGGUGCGCAACUUAUUACUAUAGUCUGGCAAGUUUGUUGACGAUAUGCGGGUGACAGAGGGAAAGACGUGUGUGGGGAAGUGAGGUGCAUCAGUCGUGGGUUUUUCAUUCAUCGCUACGCUCGGAAUAUCGGGAGUGUUACGAACAAAGCUAUAAUAGUACGAGAUACAGCAUACGGAAUGUAUACCCUCAUCUGUUAUAUAUGUGGGAUAAGAAAUAAAUGAUAUAAAAUAUUCACAUUGACAUCGCAAAUAGGUUGCCUAGCAAAGUUGCGCCUGGUGUAUUAAAUGAUUAAAUUUGUUUUUAAAUUAUUUAACCUACUUUCUCUCUUUGCUUAAUUAAUAUAAAUCGUACACUAGUUAAAAGAAUAUACACCAGAAUUUAAAAAGUAAAGGUUGCCUGCUUUAACACUGCAACCGUUAGGUUGCCAGAUAUAAACAGUUCAUUAAUGUUAUAUAAAUACCCUCAUCAGUGAUUUAGUCGUCUAAUAUGCCAAAAUAAAGUUUAUUUUAUGCUUAAUUCAAUUGUGAUAAGUUGCCUUGGAUCUAGUUCAAUUUAACUAGGCAA